AUGCCUCAAGCGAUAGGUGUCUGGUGUGAAGAAGAAGGGCACGAUGUUACACUCGAGUGUUAUACUGGUUUUGGGAAUUUGAUUGAAGAUUUGCCCGAUAACCUAGACUUAGCCUUCAUAGGUACUUUUACCCAGGGUGCACAACUUGCCUAUGCGUUGAGCAACCGGCUUCGAUCGGAAGGCACCAUCACCGUAUUAGGUGGGCCUCACGCCCGUUGCUAUCCAGAAGAUGCACAGCAAUACUUCGAUUACGUUCUUGGCUUUACUGACAAGUCUGUGAUCCGAGAAGUCUUAUCUGAUUGUUCACAAUACCGACCGAUUGGUACAUACCUCUCAGCGAAACAGCAGCCGACAACACUCCCUAGCGUACGUGAGCGUUGGCCGUUUAUUGAACCGAUAUUGCGAAAAGCACCGCUUGUCAAAGCUGUUCCAAUGCUUGGGAGUAUGGGUUGUCCCUACACCUGUGCUUUCUGUAUUGAUGCAAGUAUCCCCUACCGUCCUUUUGAUUUUGAGGUCAUCAAGGAUGACCUCCGUUUUCUGUUGCGCCAGUUCAAACGUCCUUUAGUCGGAUGGCAUGACCCCAAUUUUGGGGUUCGAUUCGACGACUACAUGGGUGCAAUUGAGGAGGCGAUACCACCGGAUAGCAUCAGUUUCGUUGCUGAAAGCAGUUUAUCACUCUUGUCAGAGACCCAUCUCAAACGGUUCAAGCGAAACGGAUUUAAGGCAAUCCUACCCGGUAUUGAGUCGUGGUAUGACCUCGGUAACAAAUCGAAGACAGGUUCGAGGGUAGGAGAAGAAAAAGUCCAGAAAGUCUCUAGCGAAAUCAAUACCAUCCUGAAAUAUAUCCCUUAUGUACAAACCAACUUUGUAUUCGGACUUGACACCGACCAGGGUGCUGAACCGUUUGAACUGACCAAACGAUUUGUGGAUAUGACACCCGGCGCGUAUCCGUCCUAUAAUUUGCUGACCGCCUAUGGAAGAGCCGCACCGCUCAAUCUGGAUUAUCAACGUGCAAACCGCGUUAUUCCACUUCCAUUUCACUUCCUGAACAAUGAUAUGAUGAACGUAAAGCCAAGCAAUUACUCAUGGACCGAAUUCUACAAACAUAUGGUUGAUUUAGGAAGCCAUACAUUUUCGUGGAAGUCCAUUGUUAAUCGUUGCAAAGCAAAUGAGGUGCCUAUUGCAGGGUGGCUGACUGUACCACGAGGUAUGUCAACAAGACGCCAUAAAAUCGGGCGAUACGUGCAAGUACUUCAACAGCUCGAAAGUGAUUCCAAGUUCCGAGCUUACUUUGAACAAGAAACGACUGAGUUACCACAGUUUUAUAUCAAUCGAAUACGGAAAGACCUAGGCUCCCUGUGGGAGUGGCUUCCUGAUGGGGCAUUGCAUUACGAUCCGAAUGCCUACCUCAAAUCGGAACAAGCGAAUAGCACCGAAGUUAUCGACUUAAAAAAGUUGAAGCGUGGAUAA